UGGAUGUUUUUAUGUUUGGAUCAUUAUAUGCUACGUAAGAGUAGGUUUGAUGCAUGAUUUUCUGAUAUCUUCUGCUGAAUGGAGAGAAUAUUGUCUCACGGUUUGUGAACACGUCAAUGCAAGUUUUUUUCUUGGGACCUUCAUGUUUACCUUUGUUCUUUUCAUAAUUAUUUAUUUCACCUGUCUACCUUAUGCUCUUUGCAGGAAGGGGUUGUUCUUGGCCAUGGCGAAUUCCAAGUGUCCAACAAAUAUAAGAAAUUUUAUGUUUUCUGGAAAGAAUCCUCUACUUCCUCCAAAAAGUCCAUUUCCUCUGGUCGCCCCCGCGAAUACUGAUUACAUCCCCAACAAAGUUAUUGGGUCAAGAGCAGUUCAAAAGCCUAGGGAGGGAAAUGCACAUCACCAGCGCACUUCCUCUGAAAGCAUCCGGAUGGAGGAACAACCUUCUUGGCUUGAUGAUCUUCUUAAUGAGCCAGAGAGUCCUGUGCGCAAAGGAGGUCAUCGACGUUCUUCAAGUGACUCCUUUGCAUAUUUUGAUGCCUCUAAUGCUCCUAACAUGGAUUUUGCAUCUCAAGAUGACUACAGAUAUAAAAAUAUGAUUACUGCACCAUCUUGGGCAUCUCAAGAUGCUCGGCUUUUCUCAUUCUACACUGAUGUGAGCUUGGUAAAGCAAAAGAUCAGGGCAUGGGAUUCUUCUUCAGGUGCUGUGUCUCAUCCAAACAGCCUUCCUUCUCUCAGAGAAAAUACCAGCCUUCAGAGUUUAGGAUCGUCACAUGCACCACAAGAUGUGGAGGGUGCUCCAUCAACUGCAAGUGAAAAGCAAGAUUCUGCUGAACCUGCUUCUUUUGAUGCAAAGGCUUCUUCUGAGAAGAAGGAUAAUUGUCACACUAAAUCUUCCUCAUUUGACGGUGAUAGUAAACGUGCCAAGCAGCAAUUUGCUCAACGCUCAAGGGUUCGUAAACUUCAGUACAUAGCUGAGCUGGAAAGAAAUGUUCAAGCUUUGCAGGCAGAAGGAUCUGAAGUUUCAGCCGAGCUUGAAUUUCUCAACCAGAAGAAUCUCAUUCUUAGCAUGGAGAACAAAGCUCUCAAGCAAUGGUUAGAGGGUUUGGCUCAGGAGCAGGUUAUAAAAUAUCUUGAGCAGGAAGUAUUGGAGAGGGAGGUCAGCAGGCUACAAGUCUUAUAUAAGCAGCUGCAGCAGCACCAAAAUCAACAGCAACAACGGCAGCAGCUAUCGUCUAGCCAUCGACACACUAGCAGUAGAGAUCUCAAGUCUGAGUUCACAAACCUCUCCCUGAGUCAUAAAGAUGCCAAUUCUGCUCGCGACCCUGUAACUGGUUCACUCCGCAUUUAGAUAUUUACUUUAGCUUAAGCUCAUUUGUGCCACAACUUCAACCAAAGCUACCCAAUGCUUUCCGCCGUGCUUGGAUAAAACCCAAUGUUCAUCUGGUUCUUGGUACCCUCGCCCUGCCUGAUCUCUCGAUUCCUCCUCGUUUUGGUUCUUGGUAAGUCAUUGCCGGAAAACUCGACUUCAGGCAUAUGAUUAACCUGAAACUGUAAGAGAAAAAAAUGAACAGGUUCUGUGCUUCGCUCCCUUGUGUCUGUUGAUUAUAGGUUAAUAUGAUUCGGAAAUUUAAGGUCUUCC